CCGCCAUUGGCACCGCACCGUCAACAUGUCGUCGCGCCAGCCCAGGUUCAACCAGCAAGCCCUCAUCGACACCACCCCUCUGCCCGACGACAUCCCCAAGGUCCAGGAGCUCGGAGCCAGUUCUGCGCCCCUCCUCAGUGCCUCGUACUUUAUUGGCGCGCGGUGCAAGGCCUACAACGAUGACUACAUGAUGUGCAAGACCGAGGCCAACGGCCGCGGUGAAUUCGAGUGCAUGAAGGAGGGCCGUAAGGUCACCAGGUGUGCCGCGAGCGUCAUCAAGGACAUCAACGAGAACUGUCUGACGCAGUUCCGCACCCACUGGCAGUGCCUAGAAAACCACAACCAGCAACUCUGGAACUGCCGGUCGGCAGAGCGCAAGCUGAACCAGUGCGUGUUCGAGAAGCUGAAAUUGGAGAAGACGAUACCAGAUACGCCAAAGGGCGAGACACCCGUUCACCUGCGCACACGCAACAUCUUUGCGGGCCACUAACUGCUGUACAUAUAGCGCUGGGAACAAAGUACAAGGAAAUUCAACAGGGUCCAUUUCAACGUCUGUCUGUGACGAUACGACAAUUCGUUUGCAUCGUGACGGAGCAAGUGGUUUGCUAAAACUAAAAGUCAUCCAGCAGGUGACGUGCUACGUCUCAGACCUCGUUCACAUAUGAAUAACGCCAUGAUACUUGACCACACCUUGUUUUCCUUGCCACUAUAUCCGCUGACGAUGUCUGGUGAACAUGAGCGAUUGACUUUGGCAGCAC